UAAUGCUCAUAAAUGUAUGACGUCAUUCAAUGUCUACACAGUGAAUAAGGAAAAUGUCACUUCCAUCGCAACCUCAAGCUUACGGUGCAGGGAUGGCUGGAGGAGAGUUCGACCCUGUGCAGUUUAUAAAAAGACCUCAAGUCAUUCUCCGAAUAAUAAGUUGGGUGUUUUCGAUCAUAGUGUUUGGCUGCAUAUCAGCGGGAGGAUACUACGAUCACAAAUGCCAGAUGAACGACAGUGGGGCCUGCGGAUAUGGCAUUGGAAUAGGGGUCACUGCAUUCCUGAUUUGCAUUGGCUUCCUCAUCCUCGAUGGCAUGUUUGACAGCAUUAGCAGUGUGCAAUACAGGAAGUGGGCUGUAUUGGCCGACCUAGUCAUCUCAGGUAUGUGGACGUUCCUGUGGUUUGUUGGGUUCUGCUUUGAGACGGACAUGUGGCGACGUACAUCUCAGUCCUCAGAUGCAUUGGCUCCCAACGGACACGGGCGAGACAACGUGCAGGCAGCCAUAGCGUUCUCCUUCUUCUCCAUCCUGUCUUGGGGUGUGCUGACAUUCUUUGCGUUCCGUCGGUACCGUGAGGGUACAUCAGACACCCUGACGUCUGGCUAUGGGGGGGACCAGCCCCAGAACCAGUCCUCCCCCUACUCCUCCUUCCCGGGCAGCGACGCCAGUGACCCCUACCAGCAGCCGCCAUUUUCCAACCCCAAGUCAGGCGACAUCCCCAACUACCAGCCUCCAACUUAUUAGUUCCUAGGGACACAAUGCACAAGAUGUUUUAAUUGUUGGAUCGUUUAUUUUCAUGCCCCCGGUAGGGUGGCAUAUAGCAGUUGAACUGUCCGUCAGUAUGUCAGUCUGUCCGUCCAUCCGAAAAAACUUUAACAUUGGCCAUAACUUUUAAAAUAUUGAAGCUAUUAGCAGCUUGAUAUUUGGCAUGCAUGUGUAUCUCAUGGAGCUGCACAUUUUGAGUGGUAAAAUUUCAAGGUGAACAUCAUCCUUCCAGGUCUAGGGAUCGAAAAAACAAAUCCAAGGGAAGUAAUAAGCUUUAAAUGGACAUAAUUAUCUGACCUGCCAAAUUAUAUAUUUUUUUAAUAAAUCAAAGUGGCGCAGUAGGCGGCAUUGUGUUUCUGACAAACAAAUCGUGGUAUAAGGUCAAGGUCAUCCUUCAAGGUCUAAGGUCAAAAUACAAAUCAAAGGGAAGUAAUACGCUUUAAAGGGAGAUAACUAUUCAAUAUUGAACAAAGGAACUUGAUAUUUGGUAUGCAUGUGUAUCUCAUGGAGCUGCACAUUGAGUGGUGAAGCUACAGUCACGGUAGUGGCUAUUAAUUAUUUACUACUAAAAAUAGAGAGUGGCUUUUAAUUUUUUGCUACUAAAAAUAGAGAUUUGUUAGAGACAAUUAUUUUCAAGGAAAGUAAUUUAUAUAAUUAUAAAUCUCAUAUAUAUUUCCUUACCAAGAAUUUAACUCCUUUUCACAGUUACUGUACAGAUUUUUUAUUUGGACCAUUUAUAACUCAAAUGAAUGAUUUGUCAAAGUUUUUUUGAAAUGAUAUUAUUAUCAUAUCUUUACUGUACUAAUUUGUGAAUGGUAAGGUUCAUUACAUACCUCUGGACUUAUGUCUAUAGGUACAUGAUGAACUCUGGCUAUGAUCUCUUUGAUAAACCACAGGCCUUGGUUGUCAUUGAUGUCUGACUUGGUCAUUUUGACUGUCUACAGACCCCCCCUGGUUGGAUUGGACAAAAUCCAAGGGAAGUAAUAAGCUUUAAAGGGAGAUGAUUUCUUUACCUGCCAAAUGAUGAAUAGAAUUUUUUUUCAAAGCAGCGCAGAAGGGGGCAUUGUUUUUCUGACGAACACAUCUCUUGUUCGAUUUUUUUCUUAUACUUGCUUUGCAUAAAAUUUUCAUAUACUGGUUAAAGGUAUACAGCUAUUUAUUUUAUGUUGUUAUUUUAUAUUUUGUUCUUUUCUAUAUGUUUGAAUUUCUAUAGUUUAUGUUAAAACUCUAUUGAUUACGUAUAAGUAGAUCAAAAUAUAUUGUCAAAAUAUGAUGGGUAAGAUAGGUUGAAAUCUUAUGUUAAAUUCUGAUCAGUUGCAUUUAGUAUUGCUAGCUAUUGUGGUCACCUUAUGUCAGAUUCUCGGUCAAAGUGCGUUGGGUUUCAAAUUGUCUGUGAGUCAAGGUUAAGCUUUUUACCUGUGUGACAGGCCAAAUUUAACUUUCAAUCGUGAUGAAACAUGGUCUGAAGGUUUAUCUUUACAAUAUCUAGUUUUGAGUCAAGGUGACAUGCAUCCAAAAACAAGGUCAUCUGAUCAAAUCUUAGAAAAACGUGUUACCACUAUAGAAGCCACAUUUAGGACUUAAUCUUGAUGAAACUUGGCCAGAAUGUUUUUAAUCUUUAUGAAACUUGGCCAGAAUGUUUUUUAAUCUUGAUGAAACUUGGCCAGAAUGUUUUUAAUCUUGAUGAAACUUGGACACAAUGUUUUUCUUGUGUGCAUGUAGGCUUAGGUCAAAUCUGGGUCAAAAAACCAGUUCUUACCUUAUAAAAAAUUGUGGCCACUCUGGAUGCCAAAUUUAUUGCUAAUGCUUUCUGAAACUUUGGUAGAAUAUUUAUCUGGACAAUAUCUAGGCAGAUUUUGAAUUUGGGUUACAGAAACUAGGUGUCCAAAUAAAAUCUUACAAAAAAUCGUAAUUACUACUUUUCAGUCCACAUUUAUUUCUCAAUCUUGAUUUGGUCAGAGUGUUUAUCUUAGCAAUACGAGGACAAGUAUGAAUUGGGGUCAUGUGCGUCCAAACACUGGGUCACCAGUUUAAAAUCUUAUAUCAACCUUGUUACCACUUUAGAGGCGGCAUAUAUGCCACAAUUUUGCUGCAGCUCUGUCAGAAUGUUCAUCUUGACAAUAUCAAGGACACAUUUGAAUCUGGGUCAAGUAGGAUCAGAAACUGGAUCACCAGUUGAAGUCUUCAACAUUUUGUGUUCAUGUACUGAGAUGAGAGCUUGAAAGCCAUCAUGGCCCUCUUGUUUGUUAUUCCUUCCAAUUGAUCAAACAGCUGUAACAGGACUACAUGUCCUAGGGUUUAAAAAAUAUUCAAGAAGUAUGUUCUGCUCAAACAAUUAAUGCUUUUAUUUAAAAACACAUUUUUUGGUAUUUCAUUUUCAAACAAAAUGUACAUUAUUUGUUCAUUCAUUUUCAAACUAAUGUUAUUCAAAAUAACUAAGCUUUUUGUCAACAAUGUUCAGUAAUUAUUUUAUUUUUUAUUGGUUGAUGAUAUUGUUUUGGUAUAUAACAAUGCAAGUUAAUGUUUAUAAUUUUGAAUGUAUUGCAUAACCCCAACAACAGGCACGUAUUAAACUAUUAUGAAGAUAGUUUUCAUCAAUUUACUUAAUGAAAAUUGCAAUUUUGUGUUCAGAUGUAUUUGCAUGGUAGGUAGACUGUAAAGCCAUAGUUCAUGAUGUAAAUUCAUUCCUUACAAAGCAUUCCAUUGUAAAUUUGUGUAUACAAAACUUUUGUUUUUUCUUUAUUUAUAAAAGAAUAAACCCUUUUUUUUAUCUUUCAUGGGGUGAUCAUUAAAAAUGAUGCUUUUUUCCUUAUUAUUUAAAUUUAUUCUCACACUUUCCUUUGUGAUUGUCUUUAUCCCAAUAAAGUUUUUGCAGCGUAAUUAUACAAAAUCAUUAUCAGAGACUAUGAACCCUUCACUUACAACUGUCACCUUUGAUUUGAGAUUAGGGCCUCUGUCUAUUGGGCAGGAGGUCAAAGGUUCAAGCCUCACAUGGGGCACAUUCUCACAUGACAGGCUGCCCACUCAGCAUUUAGUUAAAAAAAAUGGUACCAAUAGCCUUCCUGCCAAUUCCAUGGCAUAAAAGAUAGGAAUAGGGAGUAAAGAUGUUUUAGCAGUCAAGGUGUUUCAUAUAAGUAAAAGGUACCUGAUGCUUAUAUAGAGGGGUUACAGUAUGUAAAACAAACACUUUACUUUCACUUUACCUUUAUGAGACUUUGUACUGCAUCUUUGAAGAUUUAUCCUGUUUCCAAAGGCUUUUGAUUUGUCUUAAUGUAAGUGAACUUUGGUUUAAAUUUUCCUUUGUUUGAUAAUGCAGGUUAGACAUGCAGCAAAUCAAACCUGAUUUCAUGUUUAAACCGAUGUAAUGAAGAGGCUAUUUUGAUGAUCUAUUUUGCUUUCAACUACAUUAGGUCGCUUUGCAAGCAUCAACCAGGAUAGUUUGUUUUACACAUCAUUGAAAGCACUCUUUUCAAAGUUUGAGGAACUCAUGAGAGCAAUAAAAUCUGGUGUUGAAGUAUAAAGUUAUCUCUUUACCCUCAUUCUGCCAGGUUUGUGAUAUAUUUCUGCAGGUUAGAGAGAUCAGCACUUAAAUACAUCUUAUUGCCUCAAAGAUUUUGUCUGACUUAAAAAUGGUACUGUUUAAUUUGUUAACAAUAACAAUGUGUUAAGUGUGGGUAAAAGCAGUUAUCAUAGUUAGGAAGCAUUGAUAUAAUGCUCAGAUAUUGGCAUGCACUGCAACAUACCACUUUUCUACUCUAAAUGGUCUGAUCUUUACCUACUCAACUCUUUCAUACUGAACAAAUUCGAUAAUGAUUAUGUGUAUAUGCUUAGAAUAAUUGUUUGGUUGCAUUAAAAAUAAAGAGAUCUUGUCUGUAAAUAUUUUUUUACCCAUUAAGAUUUCUGGAAUUUUUACUUUAGUCAUUUCUCAUAUUUUCAUAUUAUGUUCAAGUUUGAGUUUAACUCAGAUGUAAAUGGUCAUGUUAUGUCUAUAGACAUGUGCAUUUUGUGAAUCAAAAUUAUCCAUCAGGCAUAUUUGAACAUGGUCAACUUGUAUAUUAAGUGUUUGAUUUAUUAAUAGAUACUACUUCUAUUGUUAUUGAAACAUUUAGGUUGUGUUGAAUAAUAAUCAUCAGCAAUGUAUAUAGUGGGAAAAUGUUUUCAACUCCAUUACAUUAUAUGCCUGGUUGGGAAGUAAGAAAGUAAGAAACAUAUAUGGUAAUUUGUUACAACAACCAUAUAAGUUGUAUUGACAUAAAAACACUUGGGGUUAAAGUUCUUGCAUUUUAGCUUUCACUGUCAGAGUUAACAUGCAUAGGAUAUCGCAUCAUAAAGCUGUGUACAUUUUUGAGAUAUCAAAUUGUUUGUUUUAAUAUUAUUUAUAUCAGUAAAUGCACAAGGUAUGCUUGGUUACGACAUUUUAGGAAAUAUGACACAGUUUUAUUGUCCAUUGUGUGUUGUUUGAGAAUUAGAAACUAGUUUGUUGUCAUUCUAUGCAUUAGUGUGAUAUUAGACACCUAUCCAUAUUUAUUGUUGAUUUCAUAAUACAAUGUAACUUACAUGUCUGUUGAUGUAUUUUGUGGUAAAUGUUGAAUGUUGUGUUUUAGAAGUGUUCAGAUUGCACUGGUCACCAACAGAAUUUAUUUGAUAAAUGCAAAAAGUAAUUAACCCUUUCAGUACGGGAACUGAAUUUUAAAGGCCUUCGCAAACAGUUUGGAUCCAGAUGAGACGUCACAGAACGUGGUGUCUCAUCAGGAUCCAAACUGUUUGCUAUUCUGAUAGUAUUUGAAAAAAAAUCGAAGAAAAUGCUAAUUUUAGAUAUUCAGCAGACGACAUUUUAGCAGACGACAAAUUUCCCAGCAUGCAAAGGGUUAAAUGGAUCAACAACACAAGCUUAAAACAACUUUUUACCACUCACCAAAUAUAAAAGGAAAACAUUUCCUAUAUUGUAUUUUUUCAAAUAAAUAAUUAGAGAAUCUCAUAAUAAUUGGCAUAAGGCAAGAUAUGUAUGAUAAUUGUAGUUAUAAAUGUAGUUUUUAACAUUUUUGAACAUACUAUUUAAACAAAUUUACAAUUGCCAAAAGAAAUAUUUUUGUAUUGAAUUGCUGACAUAACUGUUUCUGUAUGUCCUUGCAGGCUAAAGGUAAACAUAAAACAUUUUCUGGAAUUGUUGGAAUUGUAAGUUACCGAUAAUAGAAAAAUUAUUUCAUUUUUUUUUAAAUCUCUUGAAGACACACAUUAAAAACGUAAUUACUGAUGUCAGUGUCGCGCAUCUGCAUAAUAUCUGGUUAAGGUAAACUUGCAACAUCUGCACCAACUGUUUCUACUUGAGGUAUUAAAUUGAAACUUAACACAUGUUUGGGUUCAUUUGGUGCGGUCACUGCCCAUGUUCAAUGACUGACCUGCAAUGAUAGCAGAAAUAUGCCCCUUUUUGUACUUGAAAAAUCCAGCAUAUUUUAUGCAAAGACUCCAUUAGACUGAAAAAAACACUUACAGUUUAUUUUAAGUGAUUGUUAUCGACACGGAAGGGCCAAAACCAUAAGUGUGACCAGCUUUAUAGCAGCAUUAUGCCCCUUUUGUUCUUAUUCAAAUCUGGUUAAGGUUUGUGUGCAAGAUGAAAUUUAGGUUAAUGUUUGCAUGCUGUUCAUAUCACAAUAACCACUACACACAUUGCUCAUGUGAGAGGUCACUGACCAAAGCUCAUAACUCUAAACCGCAAUUUAGGAGGAUUAUGCUUUGUUUUGGCUAACCUGAGCACAAGGUACUCGUGAAGAGCUUUUGUUAUCGCCUUUUAUCAGUCCUGCAUUGUCAACAUUUCCUUGUUGACACCUAGAGGUCACAUUUAUGGUCGGAUCUUCAUGAAACUUGGUGAGAAGAUUUGUCUUACUGAUUUCUUAGCUGAGAUUAAAACUGGCUCGAAUUAAAGGAAAAGCUUGUUAACACUUUGGAAGUCACAUUUAUAGUCAAAUCUUCAUUCAAACAUGCUCAGAACAUUUUUUCUCAUGAUAUCUCAGCUGAGUUUAAAAUGGUUCCGAUUCGUUGAAAAACAUGGAAGCCAGUAGGUUGGGCAGUUUUCCAUUUAUGGUUAUAUUGAAACCUUAAUAACACUUUUCAAGUUACAUUUUAGUAUAAUCUGCAUGAAACUUGGUCAAAAUAUUUUUUUUAUAGAUGUCUAGGAUGAGUUUAAAAAAUGUUCUGGUUUACUGAAAAAGAUUGAUGACUUUGGGUUGGUCAGCUUUCUUUAUAUGCCCAUAGUAAAUCCUUGUUAACACUAUAGAAAUUAUAUUUGUCGUCUGAUCUUCCUUUAUUGACACUGUAGAAGUCACAUUUAUAGUCCAAUGUUCACCAAACUUGAACAUUUAGGGCAAUGACAUUUCCACUGUGUUUAAAAAUGGUUGUGGCUCAUUGAACUUUGUAAGAAAAUUUGUUGAAAGGAUAUCUAGGCUGAGUUUGAAAAUCAUUUCAGUUUGUUGAAAUCAUGGCCGCGAGGUGCAGGGCAGCAGUUUUCCUUAUUUUGCUUUAGUGAAACCUUGUUAUCACUCUAAAAAUCACUUUUCAGAAUACUUAAGUUCCUUUGGUUGUCAGUGGGCGCAUUUGGGCCUAUGGCCCUCUUGUUGUACUUUUGAAACGUAUUUUCCUAGGAUUGCAAUAGGGCCAAUGGGAUCAUGGUAACUGUUACUAAAAUAUAUACUACUAAAUUUUAAUAGCAAACAGAAUCAGACCAACUGUUUGGGAAUUUUUAAUCGGUCUUUCAUGACCCCAAUCGUUCUAGGACCGACAAAACCGAAAAAAAUAUGAUCCCUGCUACUAAUAAACACUUUCUGGAGCAUAACUGUCCAGUAUAGAUAUUUUUUUAAUUACUUUAAGGAAGUGAUCAUUAAUAUGAAACUAGUGUUAUUUGCAAGAAUCAAAGUCAAGUCACAAUGUAAGGUUAAAGGUCAAACUAAAAAGACUGUCCUAAAGUUAUGGUUAACACUUGCUUGAAUUUAUUUUUGGGGGAGCAUAUAGUCGCCGCUACGUCUGCCAGUCCGUGGGUCCGUCCGUGCACAAUUUUUGUCAGGGCUAUUUCUCGGCAACUAAUGACCGGAAUUCAAUGAAACUUUAUGGGAAGCUUCACUACCAAGAGGAGAUGUGCAUAUUAUCAGCGGGUUCUGGUCGGAUGAUUUUUCACAGAGUUAUGGCCCUUUGAAAUUUUCUAUAAAAAAAUUCUUGUCCCCCCAACUUCUGUGCCCUCAAGACGUUUCCUUUUAUCUGAAUAUAUUGUGCAAUAUUGUGACAAAAAACACCCUUUGGUGAGCAUCACCCGUCUCCGACGGUUUCUUGUCUUAUGUGGAUGGACUUCAUAUAACUUGGCAGAAAUGAUAUGCAUGUUGGAAGAGAGAUGAAGCAGGUUCAAGGUCAAAGAUUUUGAUAAAGAAGCAGUCCUUCACACUUAAGCACCCGUCUCCAAUUUACUUAUCAAUAUUACUUAAGUCUUUUACAUAAAUCUGCUGUCAAAAAAUAUGCAAGCCCCUCUGCUUAAACUGGGUUUAAUGCAUGUGCAGAUCGACAUGCUUGAUGUUAAGGUGUUUUUUUUGCAUCAUUGCAGACUGCACAGGCUAAUCCGGGACUGGGCCAACAUUUUGUGCACAUGCAUUUAAUCCGUUUUUUCCAGGGCAAGGUUUAUAUUCUAAUAUUGCUCUCCUAAAAAUGCAGAUUAAUGCAUUCAUAAAGGCUAUUAGUCAAAAUACUCUGGAUAUGUGUUGUGCUAUUGAGCAAUAUGUUUGGUAUUUGUUUAAAUGUGAAUGUAUUAGAACAUAAAUUGCACAUGUGUUAGAAUGUCUAGAAUAAAUUGUAUUGUAAUGGUUUUCUACAUUGUUAUGUAUCAAUGCUUGUUGUGACAUCCAACAUUUUCCAAUAAAUCAUACUUUGUUGUAACAAUAAAAUGUUCAGGUUGGAUAA